GACGAUUCUGUUCCCCACCGAAAUGAAGCUGCUGUUGAUGCUGCUGCUGCUGGCUUUGGAGCUGACUCUAGUCUGUGUCCACGCAGAAGGAGAAACCAGUCCCAUGGGAAAGAACUUUAAUCCAAAAAAGAUUGAGGGGAAAUGGUAUUCCAUUGGCUUGGCCUCUGACAAAAGAGAAAUGAUAGAAGAAGAUGGCAGCAUGAGAGUUUUUGUGGAGGACAUCCAUGUCUUCGGGAACUCUUCCUUAGCUUUUAAAUUCCAUACUAAAAUAAAUGGAGAGUGCACCGGGCUGUAUUUAGUUUGUGAUGAAACAGAAAAGGAUGGUGAAUAUUUUGUUGAAUAUGAUGGAUACAAUAAAUUUACUAUUCUUGGUACAGACUAUGAUGGUUAUAUUAUAUUUCAUCUCAGAAAUGUCAACAAUGGGGAAACAUUCCAGCUGAUGGAGCUCUAUGGCCGGAAACAAGACUUGAGUUCCAAAAUCAAGGAAAAGUUUGUGGAGCUCUGCAAGAAGCAUGGCAUUGUUGAGGAAAACAUAUUGGACCUAACUGAGGCCGUGGACCUGGUACCUGAACGUGUUCUUGUUCCCACCCUGCAGAUCGCUGUCUCCAGGCCCGAGAUGGAGGAAAGGCCUGAGUUUCCGGUGUCGAGUGGGGACUCCUCACCUGGACCUCAGCAUCAUCCCUCCCCGUCCACACACCGUCCUGUGACAAGUUCUGUGAUCUGAUUCCCAUCGCUGACACCCAGGAAAGCUUAGUCCCUGCAUCCCCAGAAUCUUCCCUGAUUACCUAGGAGGACUCAUGGA